AUGAGCGGCGACUUGGCCUUAGGAUACAGCUGCUGCCUCAUAGCCGGCGUGGGCUUCGGCAUCAACUACCUGCCCGUAAAGGGCAUCGAUACCGGGGACGGCAUCUUCUUCUCCGCCGUGAUGUCCGUUGGCAUCCUAAUCGUGGGCUUGGUGGCAGGGAUGGCCCUGAGCAGCCCACCGGGGCUUGGGAUGGCCAAGUUCGAGCCCUGGGCGGCCUUCGGCGGGGCCAUCUGGAUGGUCGGGAACCUCAUGUGCCCCUACAUCAUCAAGCUGAUUGGCAUGGGCCUGGGGCUGACGGUCUGGGACUUGAGCAACAUGAUCAUGGGCUGGUUCACGGGACAGUUUGGGCUCUUCGGCGUGAAGAAGGAGCAUGUUGAUAGACCACUGGCCAACUGCGUGGGUUUGGGCCUGGCCUUGUCGUCCCUGAUCUUCUUCUCCGUGGCCGCGCGAUGCGACGCGCAGGGCCCGGAGGAUGUGGUCGCCAAGGCCAUCGCUGAGUGCCCAGAGAAAGCAGCAAAACCCUCUGAGGCCUGUGAGGCGGGUCCAGGAUCCCAGAUAUCCGAAGAAAGUCUGAGCACGACCUGUCCGGAAUCUUCGGUUAGCCAAAUUGAUCUCGAGAACCAGGUCUCCAGAGCCUCCGGAAACUCCACUCCUUGCAAGAGUGCCAAUCUUGUGCUGGGUCUGAGCAUGGCCCUCUUCGCAGGACUGCUCUUCGGGACGACCUUCGACCUUCCAACGGCCCUCAUGCAGGGGACCUUCGGGGAGGAUCACAGCAAAAUGAUCAUGGACUACGUCUUCAGCCACUUCUGCGGCAUCUUCGGGACCGCUUCCCUGGCCCUCGUCAUCUACGCAGCGGUGCUUCGAAAAAGGCGGCACAUGCCACGCCGCAUGAUCCUUCCGGCCAUCGCCUCGGGAGUCCUUUGGGGCAUUGCCCAAGUGGCCUGGUUCCAGGCCAACAUCGACCUCGGAUUCGCGGUGGCUUUCCCGAUCAUCGGCAGCCUUCCCGGCAUCGUCGGGCUGAUCAUCGGCAUGGCAUGCUUCGGUGAGGUGAAGAGCUGCAAAGGUCGGGUCUGGGCUUGCCUCGGUAUGGCCCUCCGCGUGCCAGGCGUCCUCCUCAUCGCCAUCUCCACCUAG